AUGAAUUUGGUGGAUAUUCCUACAAUAGGAGGAAAAUUCACCUGGUUCAACAAUAAUGGAAAAUCUAUGAGCAGGAUCGACAGGUUCUUACUAACGGAGAGUUUCAUAGAGAAUUGGAAUAUUGAGGGGAAAUUUAUAGGAGCUAGAGACAUAUCUGACCACGCUCCGAUUUGGAUUAAAAAUAACAGGAAGGAUUGGGGACCGAAAUCCUUUAAGUUCAACAAUGGUUGUAUUAAGCAUUCGGAUUUUGGUAAUUUUGUGAAGGAGGAAUGGAGCAAGAUAGUCGUUAAAGGGAGCGGGGAUUUCUGUUUGGUUGAGAAGUUGAAGAUCCUUAAGGGCCGGUUGGCAUGGUUGAACAAAACUGUCUUCGGAUGGAUUGAUUUAAACAUCAAAAGUGCACAUGAAGAGCUGAGCUUUUUAGAUGACACAUUUGCUAAUUUUGCAGGUACGGUUCAAGACGAGGAGGUGAGUAAGAGGGCAAAAGUGGUGGAAGUUUUUUGGGACAAUCUUUUUAAGAAGGAAAGUUUGCUUAGGCUCAAGUCUAGACAAUCGUGGAUCGACAAGGGAGACAACAAUACACGGUUUUUCCACUGUUCUUUAAGAGGAAGAAGAAGCAAGAAUAAUCUGUGUUCAUUACUAUACAAUGAUAGGAGGUUAGAGGAUGUGAGUAAUACGGUGAACUGA